AGCCAUGGUAUUCAUGAUGGACUGAAGUUUGUGAAAUCUGUGCCAGAGCUUAAAACAUCCUUGGGGAAAGGCAGAGCCUUCAUUAGGUUCUGUUUGAUGCACAAAUGUCUGGCAGAUACUAUACAACAUUGCUGUUUGAAUGGAGCUGUAACCAGUGAUUGGUAUCAGGAAAGGUCCAUUCUUCUUCAGUUUGACCAAAGCUCAGAAUUAGUUUCUGUCCUUUAUGAUCUUCAUGAUGUCCACUUUGACCUGUCACCAAGAGGUCAUGACCUGGAUGUAUCAUGGCCAACAUUUUCAAGGAAAAUUUUUGGUGUGUCACAUCCCACAUCUUGGCGUCCUCCAAGCCGUAGCACUAGUAUUUCUAGUCUUACUAGUUUUGUUUCACAAAAUGAUUCAGUUUUAACCUCAAGUCCUUACAACGAACACCCAGUUGAUGUGUGUAGUAUAGAACAGUUGAAGCUAGAACUUUCUCGUUCUGAAGCAACCAAAUCGGAGCUAAUUACACAGGUAGAAGAGCUGACCAACAAAGAGGAAAACUUGCAGUUAACUUUGGCAAGACAACAACAGAAGGCUGAACAGGAAAGGCAACAUCUGCUGAGAGAAGUUAAGAACUUAAAGAAACACAAUAUUCAAAUUACUGAAGAGUUGAAACAAAACUGUGAAGAAUGGAGUAAAAAGGAACAAGAGUUUAAACAAAAUUGUGAAGAAUGGAACCAGAAAGAACAAGAAUUUAAAGAACAAAAAGAACAAUGGAAUCAUAAAGAACAAGAGUUUAAACUGCACUGUGAAGAAUGGAACCAGAAAGAACAAGAGUUUAAACUGCACUGCGAAGAAUGCAACCAGAAAGAACAAGAGUUUAAACAGCACUGCGAAGAAUGGAACCAGAAAGAACAAGAAUUUAAACAGCACUGUGAAGAAUGGAAUCAGAAAGAGCUAGAGCUUAAAGAACAAUUAACAGAUGCAAGAAACCUUGUCAACAAAUACUCUCAGCAGGUGGAGUUACUAAUGGUUCAACAGGAGAAUAAAGAUAAAUGUACAGAAAAAAAUUAUAUGGAUAUGAAAAUUCAAAUUACUAAUUUAGAAAAGGAAGUUUUGGCUAUGAAACAAAAAUCUAGUGAGAUUGAAGAAGAAUUAGACAAAGAAAGAGCACUUAAACAGGAGUUCCGUGAAACUGUAUCUUCUCUUGAGUUAGAAGUUGAAAGUCUGGAAAUGAAGCAAAAAGAAUUAACUGAAGAUUUGGACAAGCAGCUGAAAGAAAAUGAAGAUAAGUCCAAUUUAUUGGAACAACAAUCAGAAAAGUUAAAAAUACUGGCAGAGAAACUGCAAAUGAAAGAAAACACUAUUCAGAAAUUUGAAAGUGCCAAAAAUGAACUAAGUGAAAGGGUUCAAAGUGUAUUGAAUUCAAAUGAUCGUAUGAGAAACCUAAUGGAGGAAGUUGGAAAGGACAACACAGAAUUAAAAGCACAAUUAGCUUCUGAAAAGAAAAAAAACAGAGCUAAAAUGCACGAACUGGAAAAUAUUGAACGGACAAAACAUGAAUUAGAAAGUGAUAUUUUAUCAUUAAAGUCUAAACUUAAAAGUACACAAGAACUCUUAGAAAUAAAAGAUGAUGAAUUAAUAAGAUCCAAGUCAUCAGUUAGAGAACUGGAAGUUCGAUUGAAAUGUCUUUCCGAACAGUCUACAGAUACUCAGGUUUCUUCACUUGUGGAGAAACUCUCUGAUGUUGAAGAAAUGAACCGCAAGCUUAGGGAUGACUUAAAGUUACUUGGUAUUGAUCUUAAGCGUAAUAUUGAUGGCCAUUUACAAGAGAAGAUGCUUCUCACACAGCAGAUCUCAGAAUUAGAAAAGCAAAAGAAAGACUUAGCACUUGAACUGCAAAACAAAAACAAAAACUUUUCAGAAAAAGAAGGUAAUUUACAUAAAAUAUUACAGAAUGCCCCUUAUUUAGAAAGUCUUGUAGAAGAGCAAGAAAAUAUGAUUGAUAAGAUUCACAAGAGUGUUACUGCCUCUCUUCAGAAACAUCAGAGACUUUGUAGGCAGUUGAAUAUUGUACUAGAAGUGCUACACUUAAAGGAUAUUAUUGAAGAUAAUGAAGGUCAGAGCUCUUUAUCAUCUACAAUUUCUUUAAAGCCUUUUGCAGUAAUGGAGGAUAGAUGUCUAAUACCAAAUGAUAAAAUGUGUGACGAGAAAAUGUUAGAUGACAGAUUUUUACCCGUCAUUUAUACUCUCAAGCGAACUAUGGCAAAGCUAGAAUUCCUAGUGAAUCGAAACGAUGUGCUUCAACAAGAAUUAGAAAAGUCUUGUAACUUGAACAACAAGCUAAUUACAGCAGUAAAAGAGCAUCAGAGAAAAAUACGAGGUGUUUCCUAUGAACUUGAUGCCACUGAAAAUGUUGUUUCAGGCAUUAAAAAGGAGCAUGGUAAACUGCGAACUGCUGAAGCUAUUCUUAAGUAUGAACUUCAAGAAAAACGUAAACUUGUGGGAAAAUUACGGCAGCAGCUUCAAGCAACCAGAGAAGAUUGGAAUCGUGUGAGAAUUAAGAACUGUGAAUCAGAAACAGAAUGGCAUAGUCUUCGUGAGGAAUUUGCAAAGAGACAUAAACAGACAAGUGAAGAAAGUGGAUUUGUUGAAGAUAGCCGGAAUUCUGACAAUAGUACACCAUCAACUGAAGUACAGACAUCAGAUAAAGAAUAUCUCGUUUCUUUAUCCUCAUCUGUUGGUAGUGCAUCUAUGACAUCCCCUCAUAGUAGUCUUGAAGCUGAUCUGUCUGUUCCAACUUCUCCAGUUGAUGGAGCUAUAGGUGGUGAGGAGUUGUUACCCAAAGAUGAAUCUGGCCAGACAAAAAGCAGGUUAGAUGUUUUGGAAGAGCAGUGUCAACUGUUAUAUGUAAGUCUUGUGCAAAGUUCAAAGAGGAAUGAGUAUUUGAAAGAAAAGUUAGAUGCCAUUCUAGGAAAUUCAGAGACAGAGUCUGUACCAUCUGUGAAUAGUGAUACAGGAUGUGGGACAACAAAAUCUGAAAUGGUGGCUAUUCCAGAUGAUCCUAAUUUAAAUAUAAAAGAGAAUCUGCCAGAUAUUUCUUGCAGUGUCUUAAUGAUAGAACAAGUUGUUAGUGGUGAUGAAGUAGACACGAAAAGUGAAACCUCAGUCAUCACUGAUAAAGCUAGUGGUAUUGAGCAAGUUUUCCAUCAACAAAAUAUAACUUUACCAGAAACUGAUGAGGUUAGUGCAUGCAACGCAGAAGAGAAAUCUCCGGGAUUAUUAUAUGAUGAUGAAUUACCUGCCGUAGAAAACUACCAAGAAUAUAUAGUAAUUAAUACAAGAAAGAAUGCUUUACAGGACCUGGUACGUCGCUUGAAGAGUGAUAAAGCUCUUCAUGAAGCCCGAGAAGCUGACCUUAAAGCUCAAGUAGAACUCCUACAAGUUUCUAAAAAGGAACUGGAAAAGAAACUAGAAUUAUUUGAACAAGAAGAGAAUGCUGUUUCUUGUAAGGGAUCAGAUUUCAGGAAACAAGCAGAAUUUGUAUUUCAACAAGAAGUAGACAGCUUUAAAGACAAGGCUAGUGUGCUAGGAAAUGAAAGAACACAACUAAAUUUGAAGAUUGCUGACCUUGAGCAACAAGUAUUGGAAAGAGAUAAUACUGUUGAAAUCCUAAACAACAAACUAAAGGAGUUGAAUGAAGAGCUGGAAAGUGUACGAGGAACCCUAGAACAUGAGGUAUCCACACUGCGAUUUCAGCUGAGCACAGAAGCUUUGAAGUAUGAACAGACACAGAAGCAUUACUCAGAGCAGGAAACAGAGAUAUUAGAGAUGAAGAAAAAUAUGAAUAGUCAAGAGCAACUGAUUCUCUCUCUAGAAGAAGCAUUAACAGGAAUAAAGGAAGAGCGAGAAAUUGAAAAAGAACGACAGUGGGAAGAGUUGGAGGAGCUCAGUAUUACAUUGUCUACAAGAGAAGAAGAAUGUAUAACAUUGAAUGAGGAAGUGAGAAAGCUAACGAAAGAACUUGAUGAUGAAAAGGAGACUUCAGAGAUUCUUCGGUCAAAACUAGAAGAACAAAGGGCACAAAAUCAAGAUCUUGUUUUUAGACUCGAAACUGAACUUGUUCAAUUGAGAGGGGAUAAUGAGGUUUUGAAAAAGAAACUGAUUCAAUUAAUUAAAGAAAAAGACGCACUGUGGAAGAAAGCCCAGCAGUUGUCACACUUACAACGUGUCCAAGCAACAGAUCGAUGGAUGGCAGAUCAGGAAGUGCCAAGCUGUUUAGGAUGUAAAACAGUUUUCUCUAUCAUCGUGAGGAAGCACCACUGUCGUCUUUGUGGUCGUAUUUUUUGUCAUGGCUGUGUAAACAAUUGGAUGAUGACAACAGCAAGCAGUCGAAAGGCUCGGGUUUGUAACGAAUGCUACAUUCAACAUCUUCAGUUAGAGUCAGUCGUAAAAAGAAGUUCUCCUUCACCAUGCACUGUAGAAGAUAAUGAAGAUGAUGUUAAUCUCUCUCGAUCACCAUCUCAUUCAUUUGUGAACUCUAAACCUACAUGUAAAUUGAACACAGACACCCCUAACUCCAGCGUAUCAGAUAUUGUCAGUGUAACAUCCUUAUCUCUGCCUGCAAGUGAUGAACAGCAGCAGCUUUUGUAUGCCACCAAAGGCCAUUCUUUGAUGAGAAAUGGAGAUGAAGACAAUAAGUCACAGAAUUGUGUUGUAGAGGAUCCAAAUGGAGAUUUUUCUGUCAUCAGUGACGAAGAGAUAUGUCGCUCACUUUCUGCUUCCAGUCCAUACAAUACUUUCCUAGAGCAUUCAAGUGAAUCAAACCCAAGGUGCUAGCUAGUUUACUGUAUAUUAAUUCAAGA